AUGAAGGUGACACGUGAUAGGCAGCGCAGACUGAUCUCAGUCACGCAGCCUGGUUACAUCGAUACCCUACUCGCUCGAUUCCCCUCAUCGACCUCGCGCGAGUUUGCCACACCGAUGGCACAUACCACCGAUAACCUCAGCUCGGAAGCUUCGCCGCUCACGCCGUAUCAGCAGAUCGUCGUGCAGCCGAAUUUGAGCAGACUAGGCGUUUGCUCAGGGCUGGAACUGUACCACCUACAGUCUUACGCCCAGUACGCUCGUAUGCUCUCGGACGUCCAUGGUUCGCGGUUCAACUCGCCCGUCCCCAUUCCUUGGAACAACGGUACGGUCUCCCCUUCGCAGAUCUUUGCGCCACCCCCGAGCGAGGUCUCGACUUUCUCGGGGAUCUCCGGCUUGACCACGUCAUCCGGUACCACCCUCGGCUCCGGAUCUUCGGUUUCCUCCGAUGGAUCGGAUGCCUCGUCUAUGGCGUCAUUCCUUUCCUUCGGUUCGGUGGUGUCCCACGAGGCCCCUCUUGCCUCUUACGUCCCUUCCAACGCGGGCUCGUCCACCUCGUCGGACUCUACUGUGGUUCCCGUCGUCAUCCACCCGGUGGCGACUCGCGGAACCCUUUCCUCUCCCCACUCGGUCAAGUCUUCCGAGUCGGGUGUUACCCGUAACACCAAGGUCCGUCACCUCCGAGUCGCCAAGAUCAAGGCUACCGGUACCCUCAUGGUUCCGCCUUGCGUCCGGUGCCUCGCCAACGGUACCCCGUGCUACUGGUCUCCUGAUUCCGCCGGCUGCGCCGAGUGCACGGCUCACGCUCGGCUCUGCUCGUUCGGGAGCCACAAGAGGCGUCGGACCGGCUAUAGUCCGAUCUGGGCGUAUGAGGAGUCAUUCGUGCCCUCAGUGAACGGGCCGGGCCAGUCGACAAAGGGGCAAUUGGAAGCUGAGUUCGCUGCGAAGGUUGCCAUACCCGGAGAGGAUGACGAGUUACUGGGCAUUGCUGCUCCCGAUGGAAUGGUCUGGAGCGAGGAGGAGGAGAAAUUUGUUCGUAUAGAAGAAGAGUUGGUGGAUUAUGAUGAGACGCCGGAGGAGAAUUUUACACCAGGUGGCGCGGAUCCGAUGGAUAAAGACGAUAAGAUGUUAGGGCUUGAGCGUGGUCAUGAGUCUAGGGUUGAGGAUGCGGAGAAGAACGCAGGGCAAGGCCAGCAAGACGUGGGGGAAGUCAAGGAUAAAGGCGAAAGCGGUGUACAGGCGGCGCCAAUGGCGGAAGGAACUUCUGCCGAUGGGUCUAAAUUGGGAGCAAAGGCAAAAGAGGGAGGAGACGCAGGAUCUAAGAUCUCUGCUAGCGAGGAAGCCAAACGGCGAAAGGAAGCAGCGAGUCUGAAAGCAAAGAAGGCCAAGGCGGAUGCGGCGGUGGCUUUGAAAAUGGCAAGGGAAGCGGAGGAAGAGGCGAGUGCUGCCGAGGCGGACUCGAAGGUGGCGGAUAAGAGAGAGGCAGCUGAGAAGCUGGAGGAAUACCGAGACAAAAUUAAGAGCAAGUGGGAUGGGAAGCCCGAGGAGCUAGGUGAAUGGGGAAAGUUGAGGAACAAAUGCCGCUUCUGUUGGAAGACCAAAGAUAAUACUGGGCAUACUUGCUACUGUAAUUGGCCAAAAACGGGCUGGGCACCUUGGGCGUUUCAGAAUGGUCUGCGAUGGCACAAUGGAGGUUGGUACCGAUGGGGAGUCUUCCUGUGCGAUGGGGGGUCGGAUGUCAGACAAGAAUGGGAGAUAGUUGAGGCGUUGCAGAUGUGGGACGGAAAUCCACACGCGGAAAAGUUUUGGACCAAAUUCCAGGAGGAGAGAUACCACUCCAAUCCGGAGAUGAUGAUGGAGUGGGUCGAGAUUGCGCACAAUCCGAUUCGGUUUGCAGAGGAGGCAAACAGGUGGAGGCAGUUGGGGUACGAGCUCGUGAAGUUCCCAAAGGACAGGGCGGUAAAGGGGUGGAGGGCAUGGCCUAACCCUCCGGGUCAUGAGGACAAGGAGUAUAUGAAGGAGGUGGAUGAGAAGAAAGCCAAAGCUGGAAAGCAGGGCGUGGAGAAGGCUGUUGUGAAAGAAGCUGUGAAGCCAAAUAUGGUAUGGAAAGCUAUUCCGACCGGUCCGUCUUCCGAAAGGUCGACUCACCAAGCUCCUCCUCACCUAAAAAGGGAAUUCGAGGGACCGCAGGCGGCGCAGGGUGAUUAUAUCAAGAAGCCCAGGAACGGCAUAUAUCAGCAAAGGGGCAUGGUGACACCGCAAAAUGUCCCAUGGCGGAAGGUCAAUGGAGUGGCUUAUGCCCUAGAAGGUCGGCAGAUGGGCGACCCGAGACCGGAGAUCCAACAAGGCGGAUUGUCGCAUGAGCAGGGCGGACCGGGAUUUCAGCACGGCGAGCCGGUAUAUCACCAAGGCAGACCGGGAUUCCAGCACGGCGAGCCGGUUGGUUAUCACCAAGGCGGACCGGGAUUCCAGCAUGGCGGUCAGCAGCAAAGCGGGCCGGGGUAUCACCAAGGCGGAUUGGGGUACCAGCAAGGCGGACAAGUGUUUCCGCAGGGUAGACCUGUGUUUCAGCAAGGCGGCCAGCAGCAAGGGGGACAAGGAUAUCAGCAAGCGGGACCGAGCCAGGGAGGACUUUCCCCAAGGGGGCAGGUAUACCAGCGGGGAGGAAAUGGAGGAGGCAACAUGCCGCAGAAUGGGGCGUAUGAGGGCAACACCAACCGAGGUUUCGCGCCUGUGCCAGGUCGAGGUGGUUUUGGGUGGUAG